UAUAAAAGUCAAUAAUGUAAUGGUUUAUUCUUCUUCCUUGUCAUUUUAUAAGUUUUAAUAAUACUUGCAAGAAAGGGAAGCUUGAGGUAUGGAGUCAUUUGGGGCAGGUAUUAAAAGAAGAUGUAUUUUUGAUGUAUUAAAAGAGCAACAAGGUGGCCAUCGUGAAGAGGAAAUAGAGCUCAGGUUAGGGUUAGGAGCGGGUACUGAUGAUGAUAUGAAAAUGGAGCAGCUGGCGUCUUCAUCAUCAGUUGUUUUGUGCAGUAAUACCUCAAUUCCACAUCGUUCCCCACCAGGACUAUGGUUCUCUUUACGCCCUUCAGCUAACCGGAAAGGGGAAGUUCUACCUCACCUUCCAAAAGCCUUUAUAAGAGUGAAAAACGAGAAGGUGACAGUCUUCAUGGUUAAAACCUACCUGGUUACAAAGCUUGGUCUCUCCAACGAAGCUGAGGUUGAGAUUUCAUGUAUGGGGCAGAAUUUGAUGCAUACUCUAACCCUGAAGCACGUACGUGAUGCUAUUUGGUUGCCAGGACUGAUACAAUUCUUGAAGUCAAAGACAGAAUUCAUAAAAAGUUCACAAGGAGCUAGUGUGAACUAUCUCAUGUCCUUAGACUAUAGCCGGACGUGCCUAUGA